AGAGAGAGCGCGAGAGCGCGCGCCUAUGGAAGCAGCAAUUUAUAUCAAGAACUUUCUUCGUCGUGUGUAAGAUCUCUGAAGUGACUCACAAGCUGCUGAUUGGUCCUUUCUAGCUGGGGAUUUCCGCCGGGGCACUUCCUUCACGACUCCAUGUUUCGAGUUCUCUGUCACGCACUCUGAGCAAGUCAGAAGCCUGUGACAAGUCAACAGAGCGUUUGCAUGUGCAUCAUGGAUGCUCUUUUGCCCUCCAUGCUUGAGGAUGACCCACACCAGAGGGGCGAGCCAGCGAUCCGCAUCUUUGAGCAACCCAGGAUGAGAGGAAUGCGCUUCCGGUACAAGUGUGAGGGUCGUUCGGCUGGCAGCAUCCCCGGUGAGAAAAGCACGGACAACAACAGGACCUACCCCAGUCUGCAGAUUCUGAAUUACAGUGGCAAGGGUAGAGUCUGUGUUUAUUUGGUGACAAAGAAUGAGCCAUACAGGCCACAUCCUCAUGAUUUGGUGGGCAAGGACUGCAAAGAUGGCUACUACGAGGCCGAGUUUGGGCCGGAUCGCAAAGUAAUCGCUUUCCAGAAUCUGGGGAUCCGGUGUGUGAAGAAGCGGGAGGUGAAAGAUGCCAUUUUACAACGGAUCAGCAAAAGGAUCAACCCCUUCAAUGUGCCGCAAGAGCAGCUGCUGCAGACAGAAGAGUAUGACCUGAACGUGGUCCGCUUGUGUAUACAGGUUUUCCUGCAAGAUGACAACGGCCACUACACUCGAGUACUCAACCCUGUAGUCAGCAACCCCAUCUAUGACAACAGGGCCCCAAACACUGCAGAGCUGAGGAUCUGUCGGGUUAACAGCAACAGCGGCUCCGUGAAGGGAGGAGAUGAGAUCUUCCUCCUUUGUGAUAAAGUGCAAAAAGAUGACAUAGAAGUCAGAUUUUUCUCUUCUAAUGGGUGGGAGGCCAAAGGCUUAUUCUCCCAAGCCGACGUUCAUCGCCAAGUGGCCAUCGUCUUUAAGACGCCGCCUUUCUACAACACCUCUAUCACGGAGUCGGUCACUGUGCACAUGCAGCUACGCCGACCGUCCGAUGUGGAAGUGAGCGAGCCACUGGACUUCCGAUAUCUUCCUGAUGACAAAGACCCUUAUGGCUAUAAUAAGAAAAAACGCAGCCGAGAGAAUUUAAUGAAGAUGUCCGGAUUGUCAGCUGUUCCCUUUUCUAGUCUGGGUAUGAGCAGGCAAAGAGCAGUGCCACAUAGCACCAGGAAUCACAUGCAAGACCUCAGCAUGUACCCGAGGCAGCCUCCACCUCCAAUGCUGCAGCAACCUGCGUUCAAUCAACCCUACCAUGCAAAUGUUCCAGUCAGCCAUUCUUGGACAAACCCCAACCAAGUACUUCCGAUGGAUACGGCCUCCGUCAAUCCUUCUAACGUCAUGGGCAAUCCGCCCCGGGCGAAGAACUGUCGGCCACAGCAUCAAAACCAUGGUUCUGCUUUCUCCUGUGAAAGCAAUCUCCUCCCUGAGCUCUCUAUGAGGGACUUGCAGUGUUUGGACGCAGUUCCUCAAGUUCCUGAGAUAAGCCAGCCUGAGUCCCACCCACUCUUCCAUUCACCGCACCAGGGGCCGGGACCUGCCUUCGAUAACCGGGUCCAGAACCACCUUGGGAGUCAGAACCAGGGCUUUCAAAAUACAUGGAACAAUUUUAAUGCUCUCAGUCCAUUUCAGAUUGAGAGCACCGUUCCUGGUUCAGAAAAGGGUGCUCAGGGGAUGGGAAAUUUCCCACUCCUGGAGGGGAUGCAAAGGAAUGAAUUUCUGAAGGGCCAAGUCGGAAAAGAAUCUCAGACGGGGUUCCAACUGAAGCAAGAGUCUCACGUCUCAGUCAAGCAAGAAUCUACCUUGCCUGCGAUGCCUUUUCCUCAGGAACCCCAUGCGAACACAUACACCAACCUUCUUCCUCGUUCUAUGAGCAACGGCACCAAUACCAAUGUUUUAAGGCAAGAUGGUGGAAGAAAACCACACCUUGCUCACCCGAAUCUGAAAGACCCUUACUCUACCAAUCACAUGACUUCUGAGAGUCACUUUUCAACUUUGGAGGACUGGAUCAGAGCCGAGACAAGCCAUUCCUUAAAACAAUGACCACUAGGAAUCACAUCAACAGAAGGUGCUCGAAUCCAAAGAAUUCAUCUCGUCGCAUUGAUCAUUGACUUCCUGCAAACUGUCCUAAGCAUGCUAAUUUGCCGUGUGAUGUAUUGUGGAUGACAUCAGUGAGUGAGCACAAUCAUUGGUACAGUUGUUCCACACCCUGACCAGUGCUAGGGAAUGAUUUCAUGGCACGUGGUAAUGCAAAUCUUUAUUUUGGUGCAGUAUUCCAUUAUUUUCACCAGAUAAUAAAUCAUCAUAUUCCAUAUUAGAUCAUUUCUGACAGGAAAAACUGCUGCAGUUCCAAUCUUCUGUUAUUUUGAGCUUUCGUCAGAUUUCUUAAACGUAAACCAGAACGAGAGAUGAGCUAUGAAAAUUAGAGGAUAUAGAAGUGGGUUAGUGGUACACUCGCUUGACUUUGGUACAGGCAAUGUGGGUUCAUUUCCCACUCUGUGACAGAGUGAACGUGAGUUUCAGUGGUUGUCUCUUCCUAUUUGUGUCUUGUGAUUUUCUGGCAACUUGUUCAGGGUGCAAGUUGCCUGUUGCCAUAAGUGAGCUAGGAUCGUCUCCUGUUCUCUCCUAUCCAUAAGAGCAGUGUUUUUCAAACUCUGUCAGUGUGCCGCGAGAUAUUGUUAGGUAUGCCGUGUCUGUGCGGUCGAUCGCCUGGAAGAGUAAUCAUGUAGUACUCUUCCAUACCGAUAGGGAGCAGCAGCAGCUGGAAAUUGCUUCGAGACAAGCGAAGUUUCCGAUGCGAGGUGAUACAAUGAAAGAUAUCUUUCAUUUCAAUUUACUUUUUACCGAAGCAACGGCAACAAUGUUCACUCGAAGCUGCGCAACUGCGCACUGGUCGCACACUCUCAGCGCACCAGAAAACCUAUCCAGCGUAGUAAACGCACUGCAAAUGAAUUAGAUAUGUAACUUUUUUUUCUGUAUUAAUUUGCUGUGUAAUUCAGUGAGUGACACGUGUCCAGCCAAUCACACGAUACGAUGCAAUGACACUAUACACCCAAUCAUGAAAAGAACCAGCGGUCACACAGAAAAAAAUCAGACCCUGAGCAAGUUAAGGUUCUAAUUCUAAUCUUUUACUUGCCAUUAAAACGAAUGCCCGAAGUAUUAGAUCAAUGUUGAUUUGAUUCAUAUUCAGUGUGUUAUCAUAUUGCAUUAAUUUUAAAAUUAUUGCAUUAAUGUAAAAAAAUGCUUAUAGUAACAAUAUAACACUUAAUUGUUUAAAUGAGCUUUUUUUCACAUUUUCAGGUAGUGGUGUGCCGUGGGAUUUUUUUCAAUGAAAGAAAUGUGCCUUGACCUGAAAAAGAUUGCAUUAGAGGUUAAGCGCUAGAGCAGGGGUGCCCAUUACGUCGAUCCUGAUCUACCGGUAGAUCUAAGACAGGUCCCAAGUAGACCUGAGGAGUGUCGAAGAGAAAACAAAAAACAAAUAACCAUUUGUGUGUCUUUGAACAUGUUAGUACACAAUACAAUACAAUACAUGCUGAUUUAUAUAGCGCUUUCACAACAGCGGCAGCUGUAACAAAGCGCUUAACAAAACAGUUCUAAUACAGUAUAUAUUUUUUGUGUUAAUGUACGCUUCACCCUAAGUCUCGUUUUCACAACAAAAAAAAUCUAAAAAAAAAUAAAAUAAAGCAGGUAAAUCUUGAAUUUACGGUGGCGCGUGAUUAUGUCACCGGAACUUGUUAGUGCUCAGCAAAUGCAGCUUGUGAUCAGAGCUGUUGCGCUCUAUCUUUUAUCGCAUUUUACCGUAAAAAGUUUGGGCACCCCUGCGCUAGAGCAAUUGGAUGGUAUUACUUUGUCCCUUUUUUUUCCUCUUUUGAUGUGUCAUUCCUUGCUGCUGCGAAUCAAGUGCAAAUGUAUCAUGAUUUCAUUGGAGGUUCCAUUGUGUUUUGUCGAACAACAUUUUUGUCAUUUUAGCCGUAAUUCAGUACUCUCUGAAGGGCUCAUGAAUUGACAAGGUACUAAAUUUUCCAAUGAGGAAGUUGGAGGAAGCACGCAAUGUUGUGACUUUCCUCAGUAAUGACUAUGUCACACUAGUGAACACAUGUGUUAUUCUCAGAGAGGCAAACAGAUGUGUGACUGGUAGAAAUGUAAAUAUUUUCUUGUUUUAUUCAUUCAGCUGAGGCUUUUUUGAUUGUUUUCUUUUUUUGGGGGGGUGGAAUAGAGAAGUGGCUAAUGAAGGACAAACGUUCUCUCUUGUUCAGAGCUACUUUGUCGUCUGGCCAAGCUCAUCAUGUCUUUUACUUGUAACUCCUUAAGAACAAUUUUUGACUAUGGUAUUUUCUGGGUGAUUAGAUGGAGGGUUUCACAGCAUGAUCAAAUUUGAAUAAACAAUGGUAUUCAAAA